UCGCGUGAAGUCAUCUCGUCUUCGCGCCCAAAGAACUAUGUAAUGAAACAUUUGUUCUCGCAUUAAUGAAAUCCCUUGUUCUCCAAGUGGCGAAAGAAACUUAGUGGGAAUAUUACCAGUCGCCGAAUGAGUACUGAUAAAUCGCACCCUAUCAAAAUUCAUCAUGACAGCGCUGAAGUACACGUUUACGUUUCUGUCGCUCCUGGGCUGCCUGUGUCCAUUAACAUGGACGUCCAGGGCCAAAAGAUGGUUGUACAAAGCGUACUCGCUUGUGAUAUUGGUGUUCGUACAGUACAUGAUGGUGAUAGCAGUUCUAGAUAUAAUACUCAACGUGGAGAACCAGGAUCAAUUCUGCGAGAACUUCUCUAUUACGGUCGCCGUGCUCAUCUCGCUUUACAAGAUGCUCAACUUCAGGGGAAGACGGGAGACCAUUCUUAUGCUCAUAAACAGUCUAGAGAAGGAGCCCUUUCUGCCCAUGAACACAGCAGAGAUGGAAAUUAAGCUGAGGAUCGAAAAGACCAUUCAGUAA